AUGUCGACCUUCGAGCAAGUCAUCACGAUUGAUGGCAAGGGUCACCUCCUCGGUCGGCUGGCCAGUACCGUGGCUAAGCAAUUGCUCAACGGCCAAAAGAUCGUUGUUGUGCGUUGCGAGGCCUUGAACAUCUCCGGAGAGUUCUUCCGUGCGAAGCUAAAGUACCACGCCUACCUCAGAAAGAUGACCAGAUACAACCCAACCCGUGGAGGUCCUUUCCAUUUCCGUGCUCCCUCGAGAAUCUUCUACAAGACCGUCCGUGGCAUGAUUCCCCACAAGACCGCCCGUGGUGCCGCCGCUAUGGAGAGACUUAAGGUCUUCGAGGGUGUCCCACCACCAUACGACAAAGUCAAGCGUGUCGUGGUCCCACAAGCCCUGAGAGUCCUGAGAUUGAAGCCUGGACGCAAGUACUGCACCGUUGGCAGACUGAGCCACGAGGUUGGAUGGAAGUACCAGGAUGUUGUUGCUAGACUCGAGGAGAGACGGAAGGUUAAGGGAGCCGCAUACUACCAACGCAAGAAGGCCGCACGAAGACAACUCUCCGACGCCCAAAAGAGCGCCAAGGUUGACGACAAGACCAAGAAGCAGUUGGCUGAGCUCGGCUACUAG